AGUGCGCGCUUGCGUGACUGAAUCAAUUUGUGUGGCAGUGAGCAGUGUGUGUGCCUGAAUUAGUCCGUGCAUGAGUGUACGCGUGUGUGGAGUGUGCAUGUGUGAGCGCGCUUGUGUUCGAGUGCCCACUCCUCCUUGCGCUGCAAAGUGCAGGGGGCGGGCCGGGCGGCAGGGGGCCUGCCCCGCUGGAUUCCCGCAUGCUAGUUCCGGGGCGGUCGGGUCUAAAGGGCUUUAUGCACUGUCUGGAGGGUGGGGUCUGGCGCGGGUAGAAAACGGGAUGCCUCAGGCCUCCGGGCAGGCUUUCUGCUGUUAGAGGCGAGCUGAGGUGCGGACCGCAAGGAGCAAUCACAAGAGGAGGCGCUGCUGGUGCUGUGAGGGACGCGCGCCCACCUCCCGGGAGGAACGGCGAGGCCGGGGACUUUCGCUAGGAUGGAGCGCCCGGCGGCGGUGAGGUGCAAGCUACUGCUGGCUCUCGCCGCUUGCCUGGUGCGGGUCAGUGGUCAAGAAUGUGACAGUGGGAAUUUUCGCUGUGGAAAUGGGCACUGUAUCCCUGAAGCCUGGAGGUGUGAUGGUACCGGGGACUGUUCGGACGACACAGAUGAAGCUGGCUGCCCUCGUCAAUCCUGCCAGUCGGGUAAUUUCCAGUGUGAGAGUGAAGGAAACUGCAUCCCAAAUAUCUGGGUGUGUGACAAUGAGGAGGACUGUUCGGAUGGCUCAGAUGAACAUCAGCAUUGCCCUGGGAGGACAUGCUCAAGCCAUCAGUUGACGUGCUCCAAUGGUGAGUGUGUUCCAAGGGAAUACCUGUGCGACCAUGUCAGAGACUGCUCAGAUGGAACUGACGAGAGAGACUGCCAAUAUCCAGUAUGUGAGCAGCUUACUUGUGCUAAUGGAGCCUGCUAUAACACGAGUCAGAAGUGUGAUUCGAAAGUUGAUUGCAGGGACUCUUCUGAUGAAGCCAACUGCACUGAGACAUGCUUGCGUGACGAAUUUCAGUGUGGCAAUGGAGAGUGUAUCCCUCGCGCCUAUGUCUGUGACCAUGACCACGACUGUGAAGACAGCAGUGAUGAACAUAAUUGCAACUAUCAGACCUGUGGUGGCCACCAGUUCACCUGCCCCAAUGGCCAGUGCAUUCAUCAAAACUGGGUUUGUGACGGACAGGAUGACUGUCAAGGCUUUGCAGAUGAAGAUGGCUGUGAGAGCAAUCGUCGUCAUCAUGUGUGUUACCCAAGAGAAUGGGCUUGCCCAGAGUCUGGACUAUGCAUCUCAAUAUUUCAAGUUUGUGAUGGGAAUUUAGAUUGUCCGGGAGGAGAAGAUGAAAACAGUACCACUAAUAGACACUAUUGUAGUAUGAGCAUGUGCCCUCUCCUAAACUGUGAGUACCAAUGCCACAAGACACCAUAUGGAGGAGAUUGUUUUUGCCCUCCGUCUUAUAUCAUCAACCAAAAUGACAGUCGCACCUGUGUUGAUUUUGAUGAUUGCCAGAUAUGGGGCAUUUGUGACCAGAAGUGUGAAAACCGAAUGGGCCAUCAUGUGUGCCACUGUGAAGAAGGGUAUAUACUGGAGCGUGGAAACCAUUGCAAAGCUAAUGAUUCCUCUGGUGAGGCCUCCAUUAUCUUCUCUAAUGGUCGGGAUUUGCUAAUUGGUGAUAUUCAAGGAAGAAGCUUCCAGAUUCUGGUGGAGUCUCAAAAUCGUGGAGUGGCCGUGGGUGUGGAUUUUCACCAUCACCUACAGAGAGUUUUUUGGACAGACACCGUGCGAGAUAAGGUUUUUUCAGUUGACAUCAAUGGUUUAAAUAUCCAAGAAGUUCUCAAUGUUUCUGUUGACACUCCAGAAAAUCUGGCUGUGGACUGGAUUAAUAAUAAACUUUAUGUGGUGGAGACCAGGGUCAAUCGCAUAGAUAUGACAGAUUUGGAUGGAAGCCACAGGGUUACCCUUAUAACUGAAAAUUUGGGGCAUCCUAGAGGACUCGCCCUGGACCCAACUGUUGGUUACCUAUUUUUCUCAGAUUGGGCGAGCCUUUCUGGGGAACCUAAGUUGGAAAGGGCUUUCAUGGAUGGCAGCAUCCGGAAAGACUUGGUGAAGACAAAGCUGGGAUGGCCUGCUGGCAUCACCCUGGAUUUGACAGCCAAGCGUGUGUAUUGGGUGGACUCACGGUUCGACUACAUUGAAACUGUAACUUAUGAUGGACUUCAAAGGAAGACCGUAGUUCAUGGAGGCUCCAUCAUCCCUCAUCCCUUUGGAAUAAGCUUGUUUGAGGACCAAGUGUUCUUCACUGACUGGACCAAGUUGGCUGUAAUGAAGGCAAACAAGUUCACAGACAGCAGCCCACAGGUGUACCAUCAGUCUUCUCUGAGGCCCUAUGGGGUGACUGUUUACCACGCCCUCAGGCAGCCCACUGCUAGCAACCCAUGUGGAGAUAACAAAGGGGGCUGUGAGCACGUCUGCGUCCUCAGCCACAGAACCGAUAAUGAUGGUCUGGGUUACCGUUGCAAGUGCUUAUUUGGCUUUGAGCUGGAUCGGGAUGAGCGCCGCUGUGUUGCUAUUAAGAACUUCUUGAUCUUUUCAUCUGAACUGUCUGUGCGUGGGAUCCCAUUCACCCCCUCCACCCAGGAGGAUGUCAUGGUUCCAGUGACGGGGAAUCCUUCUUUUUUUCUUGGGAUUGAUUUUGAUGCCCAGGAGAACACAAUCUUUUUUUCAGAUACAUCAAAAGAUAUGAUUUAUAAGCAAAAGAUUGAUGGCACAGGAAGAGAAAUUCUCACAGCAAAUAGGGUGGAAAAUGUUGAAAGUCUGACUUUUGACUGGAUUUCUAAGAAUCUCUACUGGACAGACCCUUCUUAUCAGACUGUUAGUGUCAUGAAGCUUGCUGAUAAAUCCAGACGGGAAAUCAUUGAGAAUUUAAAUAAUCCCCGGUCAAUUGUGGUUCAUCCUCUUGCUGGGUAUAUAUUCUUCUCCGAUUGGUUCCGUCCUGCUAAAAUUUUGAGAGCAUGGACUGAUGGAUCUCACCUUGAGCCUAUAGUGAAUACCACUCUUGGAUGGCCCAAUGGAUUGGCCAUUGAUUGGGGUGCUUCACGAUUAUACUGGGUAGAUGCCUUUUUUGAUAAAAUUGAGCAUAGCACCUUUGAUGGCUUAGACAGAAGAACUCUGGGCCAUAUCGAGCAGAUGACACAUCCAUUUGGACUUACUGUCUUUAAAGAUUACGUGUUUUUUACCGAUUGGAGACUGGGUGCAAUUGUUCAAGUCAGGAAAACUGAUGGGGGAGAUAUGAGGGUCAUUCGAAGUGGCAUCAACAACAUAAUGCAUGUGAAGUCAUAUGACAUCAGCAUCCAGACAGGAUCUAACUACUGCAGUCAACCCAGCCACCCCAAUGGCGAUUGCAGCCACUUCUGCUUCCCAGUGCCAAAUUUCCAGCGGGUAUGUGGGUGCCCCUAUGGAAUGAAGCUGACUUCCAAUCACUUGAAUUGCGAGGGAGACCCGGUCCGUGAACCACCCACUGAGCAGUGUGGCUCUUUUUCCUUCUCCUGCAACAAUGGCCGAUGUGUGCCCAGUUACUACCGCUGUGAUGGAGUUGAUGACUGUCAUGAUAACAGUGAUGAGCAUCUGUGUGGUGCAUCUAAUAACACCUGUUCGCCCACGGCAUUCACCUGUGCUCAUGGAGGAGAGUGCAUCCCUGCACAGUGGCGCUGUGACAAGCAAAAUGACUGUGUGGAUGGCAGUGAUGAGCAAAACUGUCCCAGCCGCGCACCUACUUCCUGCUCAGAGUCCUACUUCACCUGUGAUAAUAAUCAUUGUAUCCCAAGGGACUGGCUCUGCGACACAGACAAUGACUGUGGGGAUGGAUCUGAUGAGAAGUACUGCCAAACUUCCGGGACAUGCCAACCUAGUCAGUUUCGUUGCCCCAACCAUCGGUGUAUUGACCCAUCUUAUGUCUGUGAUGGGGACAAGGACUGUAUUGAUGGAUCUGAUGAGGUCGACUGUGUAUUAAACUGUACUGCUUCUCAAUUCAAGUGUGCUGAUGGGAGUAAAUGUAUUAGCAACAGUUACCGUUGCGAUGGUGUUUUUGACUGCAGCGAUAACUCUGAUGAGGCAGGCUGUCCAACCAGGCCUCCUGGUAUGUGCCACUCAGAUGAAUUUCAGUGCCAAGGAGAUGGUACCUGCAUUCCAGACACCUGGGAGUGUGAUGGGCAUCCAGACUGCACCCAAGGGUCUGAUGAGCACCGAGGCUGCGUCACCAAAACCUGCUCUCCGUCUCAUUUCCUCUGUAACAACGGAAACUGCAUUUACAAAGAGUGGGUCUGCGACGGGGACAAUGACUGCAGGGAUAUGAGUGAUGAGAAGGACUGCCCUACUGAGGCCUUUCACUGUCCUAGCUGGCAGUGGGAGUGUCCUGGCUAUAGCAUCUGUGUGAAUCUGAGUGCACUGUGUGAUGACAUCUUUGACUGCCCCAAUGGGACAGACGAGUCCCCACUUUGCAAUGAACCGCAGCCAGAUGAGGACACCUGCUCGAAUUUCAAUGGUGGUUGUACUCAUGAAUGUAUUCAAGGGCCUUUUGGGGCUAAAUGCAUCUGCCCAUUGGGGUACCAACUUGCCAAUGAUAGUAAAACCUGUGAGGACAUAGAUGAAUGUGACAUUCCAGGCUUUUGUAGCCAGCACUGUUACAAUACGAGAGGUUCUUUCCGGUGCUCUUGUGAUAAAGAAUACAUGUUAGAAGAGGACGGGAGGACUUGCAAAGUUACAGCAUCCGAAAGUCUGCUGUUGCUGGUGGCAAGUCAGAACAAAAUUAUUGCUGACAAUAUCACCUCCCAGUUCCACAAUAUCUAUGCAUUGAUCCAGGAUGGUUCUCAUAUUGUAGCUCUUGAUUUUGAUUCAGUCAGUGGUCGUAUCUUUUGGUCUGACUCAAGUCAGGGCAAAACCUGGAGUGCAUUUCAAAAUGGAACAGACAAGAGAGUAGUGCACAACAGCGGCGUCAGCAUGACUGAGUCUAUUGCGGUAGAUUGGAUAGGUCGGAAUCUUUACUGGACAGACUAUGCUCUAGAAACUAUUGAAGUCUCUAAAAUUGAUGGGAGCCACAGGAUGGUACUGAUCAGCAAAAAUGUAACAAAUCCAAGGGGACUUGCAUUAGACCCCAGAAUGAAUGACCAUCUAAUGUUUUGGUCCGACUGGGGCCAUCACCCUCGCAUCGAGCGCGCUAGCAUGGACGGCAGCUUGCGCACGGUCAUUGUCCAGGACAAGAUUUACUGGCCCUGUGGCUUAACUAUUGACUACCCCAACAGACUGCUCUACUUCAUGGAUGCCUAUCUUGAUUACAUAGACUUUUGUGAUUAUAAUGGACAAAAUCGGAGGCAGGUGGUAGCCAGUGAUUUGGUGCUGCGGCAUCCCUACACCCUGACCCUCUUUGAAGAAUCCGUGUACUGGACGGACCGUGCUACUCGCAAUGUCGUUCAGGCCAACAAAUGGCAUGGGGGAAACCAGUCAAUUAUAAUGUAUAAUAUCUUCCGGCCCCUGGGGAUCGUCGCGGUUCAUCCUGCAAAACAACCAGAUUCUGUGAAUCCGUGUGCCUCUGCCCCCUGCAGCCACCUGUGCCUGCUUUCCUCACAGGGGCCUAAGUUUUACUCCUGUGCUUGUCCUUCGGGGUGGAACCUCUCCCGGGAUUCUGUGAAUUGCGUGAAAGAUGACCAACCUUUCUUGAUAACUGUAAGAAGCCAUGUGAUUUUUGGCAUUUCCCUUAAUCCUGAGGUGAAGAGCAAUGAUGCUAUGGUUCCCAUAGCAGGCAUACACAAUGGUUUUGAAGUGGAAUUUGAUGACUCAGAACAAUUCAUCUAUUGGGUUGAGAAUCCAGGUGAAAUUCACAGAGUGAAGACAGAUGGUACCAAUAGGACGCUGUUCUCUCCUCUGUCUCAGCUGGGGGACUCGAUGAGCUUGGCCUUAGAUUGGUUAUCAAGAAAUAUUUAUUACACAACUCCUGGAAGUCAGUCCAUCGAGGUGUUGACACUCCGGGGAGACACCAGAUACAGAAAAACACUAAUCACCAAUGAUGGCACAGCUCUUGGAGUAGGUGUUCCAAUAGGCAUAACUGUUGAUCCUGCCCGUGGGAAACUGUACUGGUCAGAUCAAGGAACGGACAGUGGGGUUCCUGCCAAGAUUGCAAGUGCUAACAUGGAUGGUACAUCUUUAAAAAUUCUCUUCACUGGGAACCUUGAACACCUGGAGGUUAUCACCCUUGACAUCAAGGAGCAGAAACUCUACUGGGGAGUCACAAGCAGAGGAGUGAUUGAAAGAGGAAAUGUGGACGGUACAGAGCGAAUGAUCCUGGUGCACCAUCUUUCCCACCCAUGGGGAAUUGCAGUCUUUGAUUCCUUCCUGUAUUAUACUGAUGAACAGUAUGAGGUCAUCGAAAGAGUUGACAAGGCCUCUGGGGCCAACAAAGUAGUCUUGAGAGAGAAUGUUCCAAAUCUGAGGGGUCUUCAAGUUUAUCAUAGACGCAACAUUGCUGGAUCCUCAAAUGGCUGUAGCAACAAUGUGAAUGCUUGUCAGCAGAUUUGCCUGCCUGUACCAGGAGGGCUGUUCUCCUGCGCCUGUGCCACUGGAUUUAAACUCAAUCCUGAUAAUCGGACCUGUUCUCCGUAUAACUCUUUCAUUGUUGUUUCGAUGCUGUAUGCAAUCAGAGGCUUUAGCUUGGAAUUGUCAGAUCAUUCAGAGGCCAUGGUGCCAGUGGCCGGCCAAGGGCGAAAUGCGCUACAUGUGGAUGUCCAUGUGGCCUCUGGCUUUAUUUACUGGUGUGAUUAUAGCAGCUCUGUGGCAUCUUACAAUGCAAUCCGUAGAAUCAAACCAGAUGGGUCUUCUUUCACAAACAUUGUUACAUAUGGGAUAGGAGGAAAUGGAAUUCGUGGCAUUGCAGUGGAUUGGGUGGCAGGAAAUCUUUACUUCACCAAUGCCUUUGCGUUUGAAACACUGAUAGAAGUGCUACGGAUCAAUACCACCUACCGCCGUGUUCUCCUGAAAACCACAGUAGAUAUGCCUAGGCACAUUGUCGUAGACCCCAAGAACAGAUAUCUCUUCUGGGCUGACUAUGGGCAGAAACCGAAGAUUGAACGCUCUCUUCUUGACUGUACCAAUCGAACUGUACUUGUCUCAGAGGGCAUUGUCACACCACGGGGCUUGGCAGUGGACCACAGCAAUGGCUUUAUUUAUUGGGUUGAUGAUUCCUUAGACAUAAUUGCAAGGAUCCCUCUUCAUGGAGGGGAAUCUGAAGUGGUUCGUUAUGGCAAUCGAUACCCAACUCCUUAUGGCAUCACUGUUUUUGGAAAUUCUAUCAUAUGGGUAGAUAGGAAUUUGAAAAAAAUCUUCCAAGCCAGCAAGGAACCAGAGAACAAUGAGUCAGUCACCGUAAUAAGAGAUGAUAUCAACUGGCUGAGAGAUGUGACCAUCUUUGAUGAACGUGUCCAGCCCCGGACACCAGCAGAGGUCAACAACAACCCUUGUUUGGAAAAUAAUGGUGGGUGCUCUCAUUUCUGCUUUGCUAUACCUGGUUUGCAUACUCCAAAAUGUGGCUGUGCCUUUGGGACCUUGGAACAUGAUGGCAAGAGCUGUGCCAUUUCAACAGAAAACUUCCUCAUCUUUGCCGUGGGUAAUUCUUUGAGAAGUUUACACUUUGACCCUGAAGACCAUAGUCCACCCUUCCAAAGCAUAAAUGUGGAAAAAAAUGCCAUUGCUGUGGACUAUGACAGCAUAAAUAAUAGAAUCUACUUCACACAAAAUGUAGAUUCUGAACGUGGACAGAUUUCCUAUGUCAGCCUGUAUUCUGGGAUCCAUACUCCAACUGUCGUUGCUUCGGAUGUAGGGAUUGCUGAUGGCAUUGCCUUUGAUUGGAUCAAUAGAAGAAUUUACUACAGUGACUACCACAACCAGACCAUUAGUUCCAUGGCUGAAGAUGGAUCUCAGCGUACGGUGAUAGCCCGCGUUUCAAAACCAAGAGCCCUUGUGUUAGAUCCUUGCAGAGGGUACAUGUAUUGGACUGACUGGGGCACUAAUGCCAAAAUCGAGAGAGCCACACUCGCAGGAAAUUUCCGGGUGCCCAUUGUGAACACCAGUCUGGUUUGGCCCAAUGGACUCACUCUGGACUACGAGACAGACCUUCUGUAUUGGGCGGAUGCUAGUCUGCAGAAGAUCGAGCGCAGCACUCUCACUGGCAUGGCCCGGGAAGUCAUUGUCAGCACAGCCUUUCAUUCUUUCGGCUUGACUCUCUAUGGCCAGUAUAUUUACUGGACAGACUUCUACACAAGAAGAAUUUACCGAGCUAACAAAUAUGAUGGGUCAGAUCUGAUGGCAAUGACUCCAAGUUUGCCUGUUCAGCCUAAGGGUAUUUGCACUGUUAGGAAAAAUGAACAGCAGCAGUGUAGCAAUCCUUGUGAUCAGUUUAAUGGAGGCUGCAGCCAUAUCUGUGUGCCAGGUCCGAAUGGAGCUGAGUGCCAGUGUCCACAUGAGGGUCAAUGGUAUCUGGCCAAUAAUAAUAAACACUGUAUUGUGGACACUGGGGCCCGGUGUAAUGCAUCCUAUUUCACCUGCUUCACUGGGCACUGCAUCUCAGAGCAGUGGAAAUGUGAUAAUGAGGAUGACUGUGGCGAUGGCAGUGAUGAGCUGGAAAACGUCUGUGCAUUUCACACCUGCCUGCCUACGGCUUUCACCUGUGACAACGGGCGAUGUGUCCAAUAUGGCUAUCGCUGUGAUUUCUACAAUGACUGUGGGGACAACAGUGAUGAGGCCGGGUGUCUGUACAGGAAAUGCAAUAAUACCACGGAGUUUACCUGCGGUAAUGGGAGGUGUAUACCCAUCGAAUUUGUCUGCAAUGGCAUAAAUAACUGCCAUGAUAACAGCACUUCAGAUGAGAUAAAUUGCCCUGAUCGCACUUGCCAGUCUGGAUACACAAAAUGUCAGAGUACAAACAUUUGUAUUCCUCGAAUGUACUUGUGUGAUGGCGACAAUGACUGUGGAGAUAUGAGCGAUGAAAACCCCACUUAUUGCACCACUCACACAUGCACCAGUAGUGAGUUCCAGUGCACAUCUCCCCCGCGCUGUAUUCCAUCAUACUGGCACUGUGAUGAAGAAAUUGAUUGCCUCGAUGGCUCCGAUGAACCUGCCUCUUGUGCACACCAUGAGCGAACGUGCUCAAGUCAAGAGUUCAAAUGUGAUGGUGGCAGGUGCAUCCCAAAAGAAUGGAUUUGUGAUGGUGACAAUGACUGUGGGGACAUGAGUGAUGAAGAUGAGAGACACCAAUGUGAGGCUCAAAACUGCUCAAGUUCCGAGUUUUUCUGUGUAAAUAGCAGACCUCCAGCCAGGAAAUGCAUUCCCCAGUCCUGGGUCUGUGAUGGCGAUGCGGAUUGUGCUGAUGCCUUUGAUGAGCAUCAGAACUGCACCAGGAGAUCUUGCUCUGGAGAUGAAUUCACCUGCAGUAACGGACUGUGCAUCCGAUCAACAUACAGGUGUGACCGGCGCAAUGACUGUGGUGACUAUAGUGAUGAGAGGGGCUGCUCCUACCCCACCUGCAGUAAGAGUGAGUUUACCUGUCAGAAUGGGCGCUGCAUUAGUGAGGACUUUGUCUGUGAUGAGGAGAACGACUGUGGGGACAACUCUGAUGAGCUGGAGCACCUGUGCCACACCCCAGAAGCCACAUGCCCGCCUCAUCAGUUCAAAUGUGACAAUGGGCGCUGCCUCGAGAUGGUGAAAGUCUGCAACCACCUGGAUGACUGUUCCGACAACAGUGAUGAGAAAGGCUGUGGCAUUAAUGAGUGCCAGGAUCCUUCCAUCAGUGGCUGUGACCACAACUGCACAGAUACCCUCACCAGUUUCUAUUGCUCUUGUCAUCCUGGCUACAAGCUUAUGUCUGACAAGCGGACUUGUGUUGAUAUUGAUGAGUGCAAGGAGACGCCCUAUGUCUGCAGCCAGAAGUGUGAGAACGAGAUAGGCUCCUACAUCUGCAAGUGUGCCCCAGGCUACAUCCGUGAGCCAGAUGGGAAGACCUGCCGGCAGAACAGUAACAUUGAACCCUAUCUCAUUUUUAGCAACCGAUACUACUUGAGAAAUUUAACUGUAGAUGGCUAUUCUUACUCUCUCAUCUUACAAGGACUGGGCAAUGUUGUGGCACUGGAUUUUGACAGAGUAGAAAAGAGAUUGUACUGGAUUGAUAGACAGAGGCAAGUCAUCGAGAGGAUGUUUCUGAACAAGACAAACAGGGAGACAAUCAUAAGCCACAGACUACCAGCUGCAGAAAGUCUGGCUGUUGACUGGGUUGCCAGGAAGCUUUACUGGGUGGAUGCCCACCUAGAUAGCCUCUUCGUCUCUGACCUGGAAGGUCGAUACCGCCGCACCCUGGCCCAGCACUGUGUGGAUGGCAACAACACCUUCUGCUUUGAUAAUCCCAGAGGAAUUGUCCUUCACCCUCAAUAUGGGUAUGUCUACUGGGCAGACUGGGCUUACCGUGCGUACAUUGGGAGAAUGGGCAUGGAUGGAUCCAAUAAGUCUGUGAUUAUCUCUACCAAGUUAGAGUGGCCCAAUGCCAUCACCAUCGAUUACACCAAUGAUCUCCUGUACUGGGCAGAUGCUCACCUGGAUUACAUUGAGUACUCAGAUUUGGAGGGUCGCCAUCGGCACACAGUGUAUGACGGGACGCUGUCUCACCCCUUUGCUAUUACCAUUUUUGAAGACACUAUUUACUGGACAGACUGGAAUACAAGGACAGUUGAAAAGGGAAACAAAUAUGAUGGAUCAGAUAGGAAGGUGCUGGUGAACACCACACACAGGCCCUUUGACAUCCAUGUGUACCAUCCGUACCGGCAGCCAAUCGUGAACAAUCCUUGUGGUACCAACAAUGGUGGCUGCUCUCAUCUCUGCCUCAUCAAGGCAGGAGGAGGAGGAUUCACCUGCCAGUGUCCAGAUGACUUCCAGUCCCUUCAGCUGAGUGGCAGAACCAUCUGCCUGCCCAUGUGCUCCAGCACCCAGUUCCUGUGUGCUAAUGGUGAAAAGUGUAUUCCUAUUUGGUGGAAAUGUGACGGACAGAAAGACUGCACUGACGGUUCUGAUGAAUCUGCUCUGUGCCCACAUCGCUUCUGCCGGCUCGGACAGUUCCAGUGCAAGGACGGCAACUGCACCAGCCCCCAGUCCUUGUGCAAUGGUCACCGUAAUUGCUCUGAUGGGUCUGACGAAGACCAGGUUCUUUGUGAGAACCACCGGUGCGAAUCCAAUGAAUGGCAGUGUGCCAACAAACGCUGCAUCCCAGAGGCCUGGCAGUGCGACUCAGUGAACGACUGUGGGGAUAACUCGGAUGAAGACAGUUCUCACUGUGCCAGCAGGACCUGCAAGCCAGGCCAGUUUAGGUGUGACAAUGGCCGCUGUAUCCCUCAGUCCUGGAAGUGUGAUGUCGAUAAUGACUGUGGAGAUUUUUCUGAUGAGCCCAUCAGUGAAUGCAUGAGCUCUGCCCACAGCUGUGACAACCACACAGAGUUCAGCUGUAAGACCAACUACCGCUGCAUCCCGCAGUGGGCCUUGUGCGACGGGGCGGAUGACUGCAGGGACAACAGUGACGAGCAGGGCUGUGAGGCAAUGACAUGCAAUCCUUUGGGGGAUUUCCGCUGUAAGAAUCACCAGUGCAUCCCUCUUCGCUGGAAAUGUGAUAGGUACAAUGACUGUGGAGACAACUCAGAUGAAGAGAACUGCGCUCCCCGGGAGUGCACAGAGAGCGAGUUUCGAUGCGCGGAUCAGCAUUGCAUUCCUUCUCGAUGGGUUUGUGACCAAGACAAUGACUGUGGGGACAACUCGGAUGAGCGGGACUGUGAGCUGAAGACCUGUCAUCCUGAACAUUUUCAGUGUGUUAGUGGACACUGUAUUCCCAGCCAAUUCAAAUGUGAUGGAAGAGCUGACUGUUUGGAUGCCUCUGAUGAGUCCACUUGCCCAACUCGCUUUCCCAAUGGUACAUACUGCCCAGCUGCCAUGUUCGAAUGCAAAAACCAUGUUUGUAUCCAGUCCUUCUGGACCUGUGACGGCAGUGACGACUGUGGCGAUGGUUCUGAUGAAGAACUUCACCUGUGCUUCAAUGUUCCCUGUGAAACACCCCAUCGUUUCCGGUGUGACAAUAGUCGCUGCAUUUAUGCUCAACAACUGUGCAAUGGUGUGGAUGACUGUGGAGAUGGAACCGAUGAAAAAGAGGAGAACUGCAGAAAACCAACCCCAAAACCUUGUACAGAAAAUGAAUUUAAGUGCAGCAAUGGAAAUUGUAUUUCACAGCAGUAUGUAUGUGAUGAUGUUGAUGAUUGUGGUGACCGUUCAGAUGAAACAGGCUGCAAUAUGGGAAAAGAAAGAACAUGUGCUGAAAAUCUAUGUGAACAGAAUUGUACCCAGUUAAGUGAAGGAGGAUUUAUCUGCUCCUGUAGAACUGGGUUCAAAGCUGGUAUUUUGGACAGAAACUCCUGUCAAGACAUCAACGAAUGUGAGCAAUUUGGGGUCUGUCCCCAGAACUGUCAAAAUACCAAGGGAAGUUAUGAGUGUUUCUGUGCAGACGGCUUCAGGUCGAUGAGUGCCCGCUACGGAGAACGAUGUGCAGCUGACGGUGACCCUCCAUUGUUGCUCCUGCCUGAGAAUGUUCGAAUUCGAAAAUACAAUAUGUCAUCUGAGAAGUUCUCAGAGUACCUUGAAGAGGAGGAACGUAUCCAAACUCUUGAUUAUGACUGGGAUCCCGAGGGCAUAGACCUCAGUGUUGUGUAUUAUACUGUACUGGCACAGGGCUCUGAGUUUGGUGCUAUCAAACGUGCCUACAUCCCCAACUUUGAAUCUGGCAUCAAUAACCCUGUUCAGGAAGUUGACUUGGGCCUGAAAUACGUAAUGCAGCCAGAUGGACUAGCAGUGGACUGGGUUGGAAGGCAUAUUUACUGGUCUGAUGCCAAGAACCAACGAAUUGAGGUGGCAAAGCUUGAUGGAAGGUACAGAAAGUGGCUGAUUUCCACUCAGUUGGACCAACCAGCUGCCAUCGUUGUGAAUCCCAAACUAGGGCUCAUGUACUGGACUGACCAGGGGAAAGAAUCUAAAAUCGAGUCCGCCUGGAUGAAUGGGGAGCAUCGCAGCAUCCUGGUUUCCGAGGACCUCGGUUGGCCAACUGGCCUUUCUAUUGACUAUCUGAACAGUAACCGGAUCUAUUGGAGUGACUCCAAGGAGGACGUCAUUGAAACCAUAAACUAUGAUGGAACUGAUAGGAGAACCAUUAUAAAAACAGCAUUGAAGCCUUACAGUCUGGACAUCUUUGAAGAUCAGCUAUACUGGGUAUCUAAGGAUAAAGGAGAAGUAUGGAAACAAAAUAAAUUUGGGAAAGGACAGAAAGAGAAAAUGCUGGUCGUGAACCCUUGGCUCACUCAAGUACGGAUCUUUCAUCAACUGAGAUAUAAUCGAUCAGUGUCCAACCCUUGCAAACAGAUCUGCAGCCACCUCUGUCUACUGAGACCUGGAGGAUACAGCUGUGCUUGUCCUCAAGGGUCCAACUUUAUAACAGGGAGCAACACUAUGUGUGAUGCAGCCAUCGAACCUCCUAUCGCCAUGCCCCCCCCAUGCAGGUGUAUGUUCGGAGGAACUUGCUAUUUUGAUGAGAACAACCUCCCCCAAUGCAAGUGUUCUAGUGGCUACACAGGAACUCAUUGUCAAAUUGGGCUUUCGAAAGGCAUCCCUCCAGGAACAACAGCAAUGGCUGCGCUGUUGACAAUCCUCCUGAUCAUCAUAAUUGGAGCUCUGGCAAUUGUAGGAUUUUUCCACUAUAGGAAAACUGGCUCCCUUUUGCCUGCUCUGCCCAAGCUGCCAAGCUUAAGCAGUCUUGUCAAACCCUCUGAAAAUGGAAAUGGGGUGACCUUCAGAUCAGGGGCAGAUGUGAACAUGGAUAUUGGAGUAUCUGAUUUUGGCCCUGAGUCUAUUAUUGACAGAUCAAUGGCAUUGGAUGAACAAUUUGCCAUGGAAAUGGGGAAGCAGCCUGUAAUAUUUGAAAACCCAAUGUACGCAGCCAGAGACGGUGCCGUCCAAGUGGUCCUGCCAUCCCAGAUGACAAUGUCUGGAAAUGUGGAUAAUAAGAAUUAUGGAAGUUCCAUAAACCCUUCUGAGAUAGAGCCAAAACCAACCUCCCCGGAUGCUGAUGGAACUCAGGCUACAAAAUGGAAUAUCUUCAAACGAAAGCCAAAACAAACUACCAACUUUGAAAAUCCGAUCUACGCAGAGAUGGACCCGGAGCAGAAGGAAAGCGUGGCCGUGGCCCCACCUCCAUCUCCUUCUCUCCCUACCAAGACUUCCCCGAAAAAAGACCCAAGUCCAGGCUACACUGCAACAGAGGACACUUUUAAAGACACGGCAAAUCUCGUGAAAGAAGAUUCUGAGGUAUAGCCACACACCAGUGAUGUAGGGAAUAAUUAGAAACACAUUUUUGCACGUAUAUUUUUUACAAACAAAUGAAAAAAAAUGUUCAUGUUCAGUCCUUUACAAAAAAAAAAAAGAAAGUAUAUUUUUCUCUGUUUGCCUGUAUUUGGAAAUGUCUGGUGUGUCUUUUUUCUUUUUUGUUUUUUACUUAUGCCGUUUCAUAUUUUUACAAAUAAUUAUCACGAUGUACUAUAUGUAUAUCUUUGCACUAAAGCUGUCUGAAGGUAAUGCUAAAAAUACUGUACAUUUGUAAAUUUUGGAAAGAUUGUCGCAUCACUGAAUUUGCUAAUAAAGGUAUCUGUUGAAUGGGUUGGUGAUCUUAGUAAAUGAUCCAGUGAGGAAAGGAGUUCACUUGGGGCUUUUUGUCAUGGUUAAAGAAAGGGCACCCUUCAUCUUUUCUUUAGAAUUAUCCAGGGAAAGGAGUCCAGGCCCCACUCUUGGGUCCAUUUUUACAUAUCAGCACUUAAUUAAUGUUCAAUAUUCCACAUAAACUUGAUGAAUAGGCUUAUCAGUAGAGGCCACUAAGUGUUGUAGAAACACUGGAUCUGACUGCCAAUGCCUCAGACAAUACAGAAGGUAGAAGAAGAGACUCGAUUUCAUCCUUCUGCGUGUUUUCUGUUGCCCAUCCAGAACCCUCCCUGUCCUCUGUGUCCUCUCACUAGCUGCCAGGUCAACAUUUUUAUUCCUAAUGUCUUCGAGGAAAUCCCAUGUCAUUAAGCACAAGUGUCCUGGGCUAUGUUUGUAUCUAAUUCAAUGAGCUUUUUCCCUUGGCGGAUCCUAGAGCAGCUUCUGCCCUCGCCUGGCAUCUCAGGUGGUCCCCUACCCCAGUGACUGGAGCUCGGUAGCUGAAUUACUAAAACCAAAACUGUGUCUUAAAGUAAGGUGCAAAACAAAUACCAGUAAAGUGAAGCCUCAACUAGGUUUCUGUUUCUGUGUGUGGAAAAAUAUCAUUAUAAUGACUAUUUAUUUAGUGAGUUGAGCAUGAAUAGAAAGGGAAACUGUUCUUAUUGAGCCUUUUUCAGGUCCUUUGCCUAAAUCCAUACAUUUGUAUCAGAAUGUACUGUACAGCCCGGCUCUCCUCUGAGCAGCCGGGAUGGUCUCCCCAACAGGAGCCAUGGCAGGAACACAAUCACCACGGCAAGUAGCAAUCCUGGUUCUCGUGCUGAUAUUGCACAUUUGUUGAACAAUGAAUGGACGAAUGGAUGGAUGAAUGAAAUGUACUACUGAUUAUUUUAUGCCUCGGUUCUCAAAAUAUUUGUUGCUCAUAUUUUGAGGGCUGAUUAUAAUUCCUUGGAAAUGUACUUUGAUUAGAAAAGCAACUGGAAAAUGAUGCUGCUGAAAAAUUUCUAAUAAAUGUGUAUUUUAUCAGA